AUGACGUCUCAACGUGGAGAAUUACGUCGAGGAGAUAGUUUGACAAAAAUGACAGCGCAAGAGUUUUAUGAAAGUUUACAGGACGAGUGCAAAGAAAAAGCUGAAAAGUUAACACAAGAAUUAAAAAUGUCAGCGGAUGAGUUAUCUCGUCGUCGUUCGCCGCGCUCACAAAGACACAGCGAAUUAUUCCGUAAUGUUUCGUCAAAAAUGGCUAACCACAUGAAAACAGACCUAGAAAACAAAAUUUAUAAGCAAUUAUGGGAGGAAGCGAAUGCUGCGGUAUUUCAAAAUUUGUCUUCGAGGCAGCUGAGUGAAGAAGGCUUGACUUGA